AUGGACUCCAACGAGACACUGGUCAUGGAGUUUGUGCUGCAGGGCUUCUCAGAGCACCCAGAGCUGCGCCUUCCACUUCUGGCCUGCUUCCUUUCUCUCUACACCCUCGCGCUGGUGGGCAAUUCUGUCAUCAUUGCAUUGAUCAGCUGCAGUCCCAGCCUCCGCAGCCCCAUGUACUUUUUUCUCUUCAAUCUAGCCACCAUGGACAUUGUCUGCACCACAUCUGUGCUGCCCAAGGCUGUUAUGGGUCUGGUUUUGGGAGAAAACACUAUCUCCUUCUCAGGAUGCAUGGCCCAACUCUUCUUUCUCCUCUGGUCCCUGUCUUCUGAGCUCCUGUUACUCACAGUGAUGGCUUACGAUCGCUACGUGGCCAUCUGCCACCCUCUGCAUUAUAGCACCAUAAUGAGCCCACGGCUGUGUGGGGCACUGGCCACAGGUGUGUGGCUCAUCUGCGCCAUCAAUGCUUCGGUGCACACUGGGUUGAUGGUGCGACUGACCUUCUGUGGCCCCAACCUCAUCACACACUUCUUCUGCGAGAUCCCUCCUCUCCUGUUGCUCUCCUGCAGCCCCACCCUGGUGAACAGCAUCAUGACGGUCCUGGCUGACGCCUUCUAUGGGGUAAUAAACUUCCUGCUUACCUUGAUGUCCUACGGGUUCAUCAUUGCCAGCAUCCUGCGCAUUCGCUCAGCUGAGGGCAAGAAGCGAGCUUUCUCCACCUGCUCAUCCCACUUGAUAGUGGUCUCCGUGUACUACUCAGCUGUAUUUUGCUCCUACAUCAGCCCUGCCUCCAGCUAUGGCCCUGAGAGAAACAAAGCAUCCGGAGCACUGUAUACAGCGCUGAGCCCCACCCUGAACCCCAUCAUCUACUCUCUGAGGAACACUGAGGUCAAGAAUGCCCUGGGGAGACUCAUUCCCCGUCUGAAGCGUUGA